AUGACAACAGAACCACUCCCCACAAGCCUGUCCCAAGCGUUGGACCUUCCAUUCUCAUCUGCGCGCCAAUGUUCGGUGCAGCUGCCUUCAGAUAUUGCGGUCGGCUCUGUUAGUGUUGGUGGCUAUGUAGCUUGCCUCAUGACCAAAUAUGCUCUCUAUUAUGCCACACAACACCCUAAACUGCAAUCUCAGGUUGCCCUUCGAAAUUCUUAUGUCCAAUUCUACCGUCCAACUUUCGCCUCGGCACCCUUGAGGAUGACCUUGCGAGAAGUGAACAUCGGGAAAGCACAGUCUACCCUCCGAGUCGAAUCAUUCCAGAAUGAAAAACUCGCCGUGUCUGUGGAUAUAGGCAUCACCAACCCGUCCAUCACAGGCAUCACAAUCCAAACUGACUGGCGUCUCUUCACUCCCCCUUCUCCUGUGGACCUCACCAAACUUGAGACAGACAGUGACCCGAAUUGGAUUUCUUGCCACUGCGCCUUCUACCCCGAAGGAUUUCGAAGGGGUCAGUCCUACCUCAAGAACUUCAUCCCGAGAGCUCUGCCCACCGAUUUCCCAUUCAUCGAGCAAUGGGGUUGA